GUGAAUAGCAGAAGGAGGGAAGUGUUUGCAUACAUAGAGCUUGGCUGAAAGAUUCAAGUAGCAGGAAGGAGUGAUGCUGCUCAAUAUAAACCAGAGAAUAUUAAACAGGGUAAGAGCUGCUUUUUUGGCAUUUUCAUUUGGGAUUGCAGAAGGGAAGGGAAAGGCUUCUACCUGAAUCUCAUUAAUGAUGGAGCUAUGCAGGAGUUGUCUAACCAGAGGAUGCCGAUUCACUAAUGGAAACUUUGACUCCAAGGACAGUAGGCAGAAAUGACUCUGACUUUUCUGGGCAAUAAAGUUAUCAAAAUUGCAGUUUCAAAUGGAUGCUAAGAUAAAUUAUCUGAGGAAGAAACAGCUUGGAGGCACAUCCUUAAACCUUCUCAAAGAUCCUAAAGUAGAAUUCAAAGAGAUUUGGCUCAAGGGCAUAUUUGUUUUCACUUUUACAGAAGCACUGUGCCACUGAAAUUAUCUGGGGCAAAAACUGAACACAGAGGCUUGCUAAACUGGUACCAAGCCUUAACAUGGCAUGCUGAACAAAAUAGUUGCAUGACUUUGUCACCUGGAUGUUGUUGUUGUUUUCCUGCAAUGUACACAAACAGUUUUAGAAGACUUUUUAAGUCUGUAAAAGGAGCCCAUCCGAUUUCAGCAAUCCUUUCAACUGUCAGCUAUUCACAUUACAACCGUUCCAUGAAAGACCAUGCUCGGUGUGAAUUUUAUUUUGGCGGUCUGGACUGAUCUUGGUGGCAGAAGAGAGUGAAUUCCAUCAUUUCACAAUGAGCCUGCUGACAUUAACUCUAUUUAUCCUGGGGAAGCUGCUGGUACUGUUUGGUCUGGGUAUUCAAGUUAGCAUCUUAAGCAACGCUUCCACUUUCACAAGAUGCCCUGAAGUCUGCAUCUGUACCGCUGAUCUCCUGAGCUGUACCAGGAAAAACCUUCGGCAUGUCCCUGUCACAUUGCCUCCUACAGCUAUCACCUUGGACCUCAGCCACAAUGCUAUUGUUCAUCUUCAUGAUUAUUGCCUGACCACUUUACCACAUCUCGAAACCUUUAGGAUUAGCCACAACAAAAUCAAAAACAUCACUCAACGUGUGUUUCGCAAUGCUACCUACCUUCUGUAUCUGGAUAUGUCCUCCAACCAUCUGCAAACUGUGGAAAAAUACUACUUUGAAGACCUUGUGAACUUGAAAGAGCUUCUCCUUUACAAUAACAAGAUAGCACAAGUAGAUGAAAAGGCUUUCAUGACAUUAAUCAAUUUGCAAAAGAUCUACCUAAGUUGGAAUAGGCUAACAAAAUUUCCAUUUGAGUCUAUUCAAAAACUUGAACAUCCUUAUCUAAGGACGCUUGAUCUUUCUGCCAACAACCUAAGCAGCAUUCCUAUUCAAGUCAUAGCAACUUUGCCUACGUACAUUAAAAAUGGCUUAUAUUUUCACAACAACCCUGUGAAUUGUGACUGCUCUCUCCAGGAGAUGCUCCAGGAAUGGAAACAUCGCGGUUACAGUUCUGUGCGGGAUUUCAUAGAGGAGCAUACUUGUAAAGCCUACCCCAAUAUGCUCUCCUUAAUUAAGACCUUCAAUUACAAUAAAUAUUUUCAAAUUUGUUCUUGGAACCAAAGGAAAUUUGACAUUCCAGAAGUGCUGUGCAGAGUGGGAGAAUCCUUGGUAAUAGACUGUAACACAAGCCUUCAUGAAGACAAUACCACCACUUACAGGUGGAUCUCCCCACGCCAUGAAUUAUUCAUGUAUCCCGAGCACAGCGAUCAGACACAUCAACCUUUAAAAAAUGGAAGCUUAAAGAUCAUAAAUGCCAACCGGUCGUACUCAGGUGUUUAUGAGUGCAUAGCAAUUAGUGAUCUCCAAAAGAUCAAUGAAACAUAUGAAGUUAAUGUGACAGUCCACUACUCCAAAUUAGUGGAAUCUUUCAGUACUAGCCUCACAACCCUCCUAGGGUGUAUUGUAAGCUUGGUAUUAGUGAUGAUGUACCUCUACCUUACACCAUGUUGUUGCUCUAAGUGCUGCAGGAAGCCUACAAGUCCCCCUCAAGACUGCAGUGCCCAGUCCUCUAUUCUUAGUACAACUCCAUCGGUCACAGAUGUAACAAAUCGCAAGACCAGUUCAAACAAACAUGUUGUUUUUCUAGAGCCUAUCAAGGAGAAUCAGAAUGGCAAGGUCAAGCUGGCUGUCACUGAAGACUUUGAUGUGAACCCCCCCAAGCUCCUGAGACUUAAACUGAACUCAGAAUCAAUCGGUACAGCUUUUUCUAAUCCCGUCAUGUCACCAGCAGAUGCAUAGCAAACCAAUUGCAGAAAGCCUUUUUUAGUAGAUGGUUGCGAUGGAAAAAACAAACAAACAAACCCUAUUUUCAUCCUGGGAGGAAGAGAGAAGACAAGAUGAAGGAUUUCCUCACCACAAUCUAUAGAGGAUUUUAAAAAAAUGUUCCUUGGAUGGAGAAUGAUGAAUCUUAUAUCUUACGUUAUCUCCCCCCAUUAAUUCCUGUCCAAUUGCUCCAGUUCUCUUAGGCAUGGAAAUAAAAAGCAACUCCUUCUGAGCAAAGAAAGGUAUAAUUGCUUUCUGCACAUUCCAAAUGAUUGCCGCAUGCUUCGUUCUCAAGAUAAUAGAAUGUUCUAGAAGGUUAUCUUCUCCUCUUAGAAAACUGCUGUGGAAUAUAAACUUGUGUUGUGGCUUUGACUUUUAGAGAACAAAGUUUUUACUAUAUAACAAGGCUGUUUUCAUCUUUGCAGAAGACCCAAGUGCCUCAUAUAGCCACAUUGAGACCCUUUCUUACUUGCUCUGAAAUUGCUCUAACUAGCCACUGCUUCAAACAUCGAACAUUUGUCAACAGAAAUAUCCGAAUCCACUCUUUCUACCAUCUGCACUGCUUAAAAGAAGUUAGCAUAAAAACAAACUGAAGCAAUGUUCCCUUUAGAAAGGAAACAAGCACUGUCCCAGAUGACCAUACUUGGAUAUGUGCAGUUAGCCCAUAGCGAAUCUUAUGUAUAUUCCUGGCUACAGAAUUCUGCAUAAAUAACAAUUUAUGCCUGGGAAGUACCUGAACUUGGACUGUCUUGAACCUCUAGAGGAAAGCCUUUUCAAUGCUGUGGUUUCUAAGGACACUCUAGAUCUGACCCUUCAAGAAUCAAGCUUGAAAUACACAGAGAACCACCAUCAAAACUGCUUUCAGUCAACACCAGGCCCUAUGCAUGGGUUUCUGCAAGGAGAGCCAGAGAGGGCCAAAUGAUAACAUAUGUGAGGGGUCCUUUCUGAGCUGAGGGUUUUUUUUGGGGGGGGGGGGUUGGUUUUUUUUUGCAGAUGCUUCAUUACCCAAACUAGGUAACAUCAUCAGUGUUAUUAAGGAAUGGGUUAGUCAGUUUAUAUUCAUAGUGGCUCUCCCUGCAGGGUUAGUGGGGGUGGUCUUAGUGGUUCUUUGGUUGGGCUGUUUGCUUGAUUUGGGCAUUGUUUACUUACUAGUCUUAUUAGUCUUGGUGUUACUCUACACUCCUCUGGAUGUUGAUUGCUGGUAGAAAGGAAUUUUGGUCUUUUUCUUCCCUUUUUGGCUUGUUCACUCUUUCUUUUGCACAAUAUAAAGAUACAUGUUUAUAUCUAUGUGACUAUUCAUUGUCAAUCUGUCAGAGUGCACAGCUUCCAGAAAUUAUGUACCAUUUUUGGACUCGGCUUGGUUUAGGAUAGCCAGUUUUCCAGUUGAAACUAUGGUUAAGUCUGUCCAUGUGUUGUGAAAUGAAAUAUUUUUCAACAUGUCUUCUGAUGAUGCUAUCUAGUUUGUGUAAUGAAAUGUCUGAAAGAAAACAACUAAGCUCAGAAGGACCCUCAUUUUAGCCUUGACGUACAAAUAUCCUCCUUUAUUGAUAACAUAUGUAUUAUCAUUUCUGAUGGCACAAUUUGUUGUCAGGCAUCCUGAUGCAAAUGUAUAAUUGCAGCAUUUGUGUGAUUACAUCAUUACACAGGUGUCAAAUUUUGGCAUCACAGUUUGCUGUGUACAUUGCUGGCAUUACUAAUUAUAUGUAUAUAUAUAUAUAUAUAUAUUAGCCCUUAAUAAAAAAAAAGUGUGUGUUGGGGGGAGGGAGCUGAGCAGCUGACAUCAAAGUUCCCAGAUAAAGCACACUCUUUACUCAUUUAGCCUUUUCCUCGAAGUGGGGUAUACUUAACCCCCUUUCAAGAAAGAAAGAAAGAAAGAAAGCACAACACUCCAUUUCUUGAUCAAGCAGCACUACAGAGAACUAUCAAGGUCUUUCUGAAUUAGAAUAGCCAAGGUCUGUGGUUGUGUGUAUUAAAAGAUCCUUCUACAAGGGUACCCGUAGCAAGGCAACAGGUUGUAAAAUUCAGUUUUUAUAUUUUAUUCGGUGUACUUAUGCCUAUAGUGCAUUGUGGAAUUUGGAGCUGAAAUGGAUUUCUUAAAAUGUUCCUCCUAUAUAUAUGAAAAACCAGAACGUGUUU